AUGCUGUAUCGGUACAUCCAGCUGAGCGGUGGGCAGCUGACGGAGGGCUGGCGGAGCACAGGAUACUACUACUACUCCGACAAGUCUCCGAAAUACUACCUGUGCUUCCCCCCUGAGGCAGACUCAGACCAGGAGUCUGAAGACAAUGGCGAACGGCCGAGCGACUGCCUCCCAGAGGAUCAAGUCCCUGACUACCCCGGCAAGCGCCCUCUUACUAACCCACCCAAGCGCAUGCGAAACCUGACUCAGAUGGCCAGGGAGCUCCCCUGCAAGAAAUUGUGCACUGCGAAGAAUGGUGUGACAGAGAAUGCUGACGCCAGCAUGCAUGACGCUCUCGGUGAGCAAGCAGCUGCAGAGCAGGCAGCGGCAGCAGCAGAAGAUGGGAAUGAGAUUGCUGCAAUGGAUCCAGGGGCUGCAGGGGAGCGUGAGAUGCAAGAGCAGCUGGGCAGUGGGGUUCCUAUGGGGGAUGAAGAGGAUGAUUUAGUGGAGACCUUUGACAUGACCAUGCAGCAGCCAGAGCAGCAGAAGAUGCCAGAAAUGGACAUGCAGGGGGCUGAUGAAAAGGGUGAGGAAGCGGGGGACAGCGGGUUGGUGUACGGGUGUGGGCUGGCGAGCAUGUUGGAAGAUGAGGUCAACAGUACAAGCCUGGACAACCUGCCCCUGGCAGCGAGGGUGGCUGCUCUGCGGCAGAAUACGGGUAAACCAGAACAGCUUCUGCUAUGUGGCUCUCAGGGCGCCAGCAAGGCGGAGGUGACAGAUCUAAUCGCCGAGCUGUUUGGAAGUGACGACGAGGCUGCGCGCACCGAGAGGGGGGGAUCGCCACAGGAGACCGGGGCGGCCACGCGGCAUGUGCCGCCAUGUGAUGCCAUGUGCCGCCCAGACCGCCAGCUGUCAGGGCAGUCAAUGGAAACAAACAACAUUGGCAAUGAAGCCGCAGUCACUCAGAAGACAGCCAUGCCAGAGGAGCCAUUGCGGACAGAGAAGAGCCCGACAUGUGGCAUUCUCAAGCAGCGAAGGACAUCAGAUGAGACAAGCGGGGAAGCAGGGAUGCAUGCGGCAAGGGGUCAGCUUGAGGGCGCAAAGACUGCUCACAAGGGAAAGCCAUUGCAGGCAAAGGAAGCUCAAACACACAUCAGGAAGCGCAAGGCAGCAGCUGAGCCAAGCAAGGGAGCACAGAUGCGGGCAGAAAUGCAUGUAGCACAGGGUCAGCCUGUGGCGGCCAUGGCUUGCCAUGGAAAGCCACUGCAGACUGAGAAGACCCCAUCAGAUGGCACGCAGCUCAAGACAGCAGAUGGGACAAACAGGGAAGCAGAACGUCAGGCAGCAAGGCGGGCAGAGAAAGCUCAGUUAAAUGCCAGGAUGCACAAGACAGCAGAGGGCGGAGGUGGCGAGGAAGAGAUGCAUGCAGGGAGGGGCCAGCAUGCAGUUGCAAAAACAGCUGACAAGGGGAAGGCAGGGCAUGACAGGGACGACAGCAGGAGCAAGGGUGACAGUGGCAUCAGCGCAGUUGUGCAGCAGAUCGCUGACGAGGCAGCUGCCAUGGAGCUGCACGCAGCUGCCGGCAUGGACACCUGCAAUUCUGAGAAGCUGCCACGCAAGUUUUUCGGGGCGCAAGGUGGAAGCAAGGCCAGGCUGGCCUUAGCAGGUGAAUGUUCCAGGAAAGAAGCCCCAGUCAGCAAGGGUCUGGCCUCAGUUGCGGCAAUUGACAGGAAGAAAGCUCCGAGCAACAAGUGCCUAGCUCCAGCUGCAGCAAUUGACAAAGAGAAAGCUCCAAGCAGCACGGGCCUUGCCUCAUCUGCAGCAAUUGACAGCCAGAAAUUUCCAGGCAACAAGAGCCUUGCCUCGGCUGCAGCUGUUGACAGGAAGAAAGCUCCAGUCUACAAGGGCCUAGCUCCAGCUGCAGAAAGUGCAAGGAAGGAGGCUCCGAACAAAAAGGGCCGCGCCUCAGCAGCAGGGAAUUCAAGGGAGGCAGCAACGGGCCGUGAGGGGCUGAGCGAUGAGGUGAUCGAUUACAUAAGGGAGCUGCAGGCCAACAACCACCACCUGAGGGCGGAGAAGGCACAGCUUCUGCGCAAAUGUGAUGCAAUCAAGCAGAUUCUUGAGAGGUGGAAUGGUCAUUUCGCUGAGCUGGCAGCGCUGCUAUCCCCUGGAGCCAGCAGCGCCUGGUGA